UUUUUGAUGUCGUCAGGUUCUCCUUCAAGUCUUUCACCACCUCCAGAAGACAAGAGGAAUCACGUAAAUGGAGCUGUCGGGCGUUCUCGACGUCAAAAUGUUAAUUAUGGUAUUCGUAAUCAAUAUUUGGCCAGUUUAACUGAACGGGAAUUGAACGGGUUAAAUGUUUAUCGCUGUGAGGAUGACGAUCUUUCCAUCCGUACAGCAGCAGCGCAAGCAAGAUUGCCUUAUGAUAGGAUGACACUUCGGGAAUUGGAAUUAUUCCCGGAAAUGGCACGUUCUCAGCACAGUGUUGCCCUUUUCCUUUAUAUUAGAAAUAAAACGUUGGCACAAUGGCAAUUUGAUCCACUCUUAGAACUUACUUUGGGAGCAAUUUUAAAAGAAUUACCUGAACCAUUUAACAGUAAUUUUUUAAAUUAUUUUUUUCCUGAAAAUUAGACACUUUACUAAAUGUCUUUCUCUUUCUCCCAAGACUUGAACCGAACAUUUAAGAUUCUUCAGCUAGACGAUAAUUCCUUCAAUUUCCUUUUCUCCAUAGUUGAUUCUGUUAACGAAACUUUCCCUUAUCCUCGAAAGCUUUUACCUAUUUUUUUCAUUACCUCUCUCCUCGCUU